AUGGUACCCGGCGUAACAUUGGACCCUGAAGUUGAGAAGUGGGAAGUCAAUGGAGUAGUGGUUUCCGAACUGUUACUUAAAUACCGAGAAGAAAGCAUCAAAAAGGGAGAGAAACAAGUGCUGGACAUUUAUCAAGAAGAGCUUUCUCUCAAUGGUAUUUUUUUAUUUGAUGACUUGAACUGCGUUUAUCCGGAUUGCUCAUCAGUGUAUGGGUUUGAUCGUGACACCUGGCAAGCGGUUAUGAAUGAAUGCAAGGAGCUAUAUCCCGCUCAAUCGUUGUCAAAAAAAACUAAAAAAAUCAUAAAAAAAUUUGCGGAGGCUGGCGCUGAAAAUUUCGAUAAAUGCGACAAGAUUGUUGAGAAACUGAACAACAAAGAUCAGAUCCGAGAAUCGCUGCGCAAUAUAACUGACGGUAAAGCAUCCCGCAAAGAAAAAGAAACCAACCAUAAAAAGGGCUAUGUGUUCCCAGAUUUAUCGAUGAACUUUGAAUGCGGAGCCAUGCCCAUGCAACGUCUCCUAAUUGCUGAAAUCAAGCCUCCGCAUAAAGUUCGAACAGGAAGCAGACCGGACUUAAUCAAACUUGCUCUACAAAUGAAGGAUUCAAUUGACAAGAUGAUUAAUGACGGUGUAGACGAUCCUGAAAUAACUGUUUCAGGUCUGCUUAUUGAAGGUUUCCGAUGCACGCUAUUUGUCAUGGAUCUAAAAUACCAAAAAAUUUACCGUUUCAUUCCUUUGCAAGUUUUCUACAUCCCUCGGGAUCGCCACGAUUUUGGCGUUCUCUUACACAGUUUUAAAGCAUUAUCGACAAUGGAGCGGAUGGUUUCAGAAAAUGCCGAAUUGUGUCUCCAGUUCCUUCGCAACAAAAAGAGAAUGUCUAUUCGCAGUAGUUACAUCACCGAGCCAUGCAUUCCAAAAUCAUCUGAAGCAGUACAGACCCCUGAAAUUGACCAGUAA